AUGUUCACGAACCAACUGGCAAUCACCACUCCGUCUCUGGGACUUCACCCCUCCCAUACUCUUCCUGAGAAAAUUCAAGCUGCUGCAUCAAACGGCUUCGCUUUGAUCGAGAUUCUCUAUCAAGACAUAGUGGACUUUGGAUCCUCUCAAUUCCCGCCUUUGAAUGCGCAUGAAGCCGCCCGCCUCAUCGGCGAGAAAUGCUCAUCCGCCCAGUUGGGAGUCCUCGCUCUGAACCCAUUCAAGAACUUCGAAGGCCACAUCUCACCCAUUACUGAACGCCUCGAUUCUGCUCGACACUACAUUGAGACUGCCUCAUGUUUGGGAGCAAAGUAUCUACAAGUACCCUCUCAGUUCGAUACCGCCAACAGUUCACCGAACUGGGACUUGAUGGUACAGGAAUUGCGCCAGCUCUGUGAACUUGCGGCUUCUCAUUCAGUCAUGAUUGCCUACGAAGCUGUGGCUUGGGGCAGCUACAUUGAUACCUGGGAAGGGUCUCUGCGGAUGGUUGAAAAUGUGAAUAGGUCAAACUUUGGCGUCUGCUUGGAUUCUUUCCACAUCGCUGCUCGCGUAUGGGCCGAUUGCACCACCGAAUCCGGCAUACGCGAAAAUGGAGAAAGCGAACUGAAGGCCUCGCUUAAUCGACCUUCCCCUCUCGACAAGAUCUUCUACGUGCAGUUGUCUGAUGCUGAGAGAUUCGUGCGCCCCUUGACCACGGACCAUCGCUUCUACCAGGCGGGAUUUCCCUCAUCUUUGAACUGGUCUCGGAACAUGCGCCUAUUCCCUCUCGAGAAACAGCUUGGGGCAUACCUACCUGUGUUGGCGAUUGCCGAUGCCUUGUUGAAGAGAAAGGGCUGGAAAGGGGUAGUUUCUAUGGAGAUUUUUGACUGGAGGAUGAGAGAAGAAGCAUCGAGACACCCCAAUGAAAAUGCGAAGCGUGGAAUAGAGUCAUGGAAGAAGCUCGUUGCGGCCCUGGAGGCAUCUGAUUGA